CUCCGGUGACGUCAUCAAACGGGAAGUGAGCUCCCUGUUGUUGUGCUGUCUGCGGAGAGGGAAGCUCGCGCUCUACGACUACUCUUCCUCCUCUUCGUCACCUUCCUCCUCGCGGACCAUGGACGGGAGACGUGAACCUUGUGUGUCAGCUGCUCUGCGAACAUGAGCACUGACGACCUGUCCGCAGUGGAUGGCUCUGAUAGGCCGUGUGUUUCUGAGCGAGCUCAGUCUGUCCCGUCUCGGGUCCUUCACCUGCGCCAUCUUCCUGUUGACAUCUCUGAACAGGAAGUGCUCGCUCUGGCGCUUCCCUUUGGCAGAGUUAGUAAACUGAUCACACUGAGGACAAAGAACCAGGCAUUUUUAGAGAUGGCGUCAGAGGAAGCUGCUGUUACUAUGGUGAACUACUACACCUCAGCCACGCCCACAGUCAGGAACCAGCCAAUCUUCAUUCAGUACUCCAACCAUCGCGAGCUCAAGACCGACAAUCUGACGAAUCACCGAGCUCAGGCAGCACUGCAGGCCAUCAAUGCAGCCGCAGUGCAUUCUGGGAACAUGGUAGCAGGAGUGGAGGGGCGGGGCUUAGUCCCCGGUCAGAGUCCCGUCCUGAGGCUCAUCGUAGAGAACUUAUUUUACCCGGUGACACUGGAGGUUCUGCAGCAGAUCUUCAGUAAGUUCGGUUCUGUGUUGAAAAUCAUCACGUUCACCAGAAACAAUCAGUUUCAGGCUCUGCUGCAGUUUAGUGAUGCUGUGCACGCUCAGCACGCAAAAGCUUCUCUGGACGGUCAGAACAUCUACAACAGCUGCUGCACGCUGAGGAUCGACUUUUCCAAACUGAGCGCGCUCAACGUCAAGUACAACAACGACAAGAGCCGAGACUUCACCAGAGCCGAUCUGCCGACGGGCGAGCUGGAGCCCACUGCUGCGUUCGGUGUAGCUCUCCCUCAUUAUGGAGCAGCAGCUUUCCCACCUACCUUCCACCAGCACACAGGUUUGUCGAUGUCAGGCAUCCCCGGCUCGAUGGUGUCUCCGCCUCGUCUGUCCUUGCAUGUAGCGCCUCCUGCUAUCCACUCGGUGCUGCUGGUGUCUAACCUGAACCCAGAGAGCGUUUCUCCACACUGCCUCUUCAUCCUGUUUGGUGUUUACGGGGACGUUCAGAGAGUGAAGAUCCUCUUUAAUAAGAAGGAAAAUGCUCUGGUUCAGAUGAGCGAUGGCACUCAGGCUCAACUGGCAAUGAGUCACCUUAACGGCCAGCGGCUCCAUGGUAAUGUGAUUCGGGUGACGUUGUCCAAACACCCUGUAGUGCAGCUGCCUCGGGGGGGGGCGGGGCAGGAGGAGCAGACGCUGACCCGGGACUUCGCAGGCUCCGCACUCCACCGCUUCAAAAAACCAGGAUCCAAAAACUUUAACAACAUUUUCCCUCCGUCAGCGACGCUGCACCUCUCCAACAUCCCCUCCUCGGUCAGUGAAGACGUGUUGAAGGAUUUAUUUUCCUCCAGCGGAUUCACCGUCAAAGCCUUCAAGUUUUUCCAGAAAGACAGGAAGAUGGCUCUGAUGCAGUUGGCGUCGGUGGAGGAGGCCAUCGAAGCUCUGAUCGCUCUGCACGACCAUCAGCUGGACCACAACCAGCACCUCCGGGUCUCCUUCUCCAAGUCCACCAUCUGACCUUUGACCCCUGGGCCCCGACAGAUACAUGUGAAGUGGCCCCUGGUCUGUCGACAGUGUUCAGCAUCAGGUGUAGUCAGCUCAUAGCCUGUUAGCCUCCUAUUUAGCUAUCACAGCUUUUAGCUUGUUAGCUUUGAGUUAAGCUACGUGUUAGCUACUAUUUGAUUGUAACUUUCACAACGAAAGUAAAAGCAGAAGAACCAUAAGUCUUCUGCUGCGCUCCAUGAAACCGACUGAGUCUGAGUCGUGUUAAUUAAGAAGUUUGAAUCUUUGACGCGCUGUAAAUCCCCAGCACCGACCUAAAGCGUAAAAUUAUGAAAGAUACAUGGGGUAUUUUUAUCAGGAAAAUUACAGUUAAUCAUUACUUACAAAUCUUUCAGCCCUUCUGCAGCUACUAGCAUAAAUGCUCAGUCACGUGGAGGCUGAAGUUCAAGGCUAACAUGCCAUUAUUUUAUAUUGCAGCCAAUGGGUUGAUAGCAUGUUAGCAUCAGUGCUGAAGUCAUCAAGGCCCCUUGUGACAUCACAUCCUCUUAGGAUAAACCCGUCAUCUGACCUUUGGCUUUUGGAGCUGACUAACGAAUCAGACUGUAGGAUUCUGAUUGGUCUGUGGGGACCAACGGUUGAACCCAGACACACCAACCAUCUGUGCCGACACUUGAUGUCACAACAAUGGGUAGUUUCCAUGUCGUGGUUACAGAGCACAUUCCUGAACAACCUGUGUAGCAACGCACGGUGUGUAUGUGGAGUCACCAAGGAGCUGUUGUAAGUUAAACUUUUUGUUAAAUGAACGUGAUGCGGAAAAGAAAAUCAGGAAAACAUUUUUUAAAGUUAAAAAGAAAAAUUUCAAAGUAAAAGCCCAAAGUAAUGGAGCAUUUGUAGUUAAUUUAUAUUUGAAUGACUCGGCAUGAUCGAUAAUUAUUAUUAACCUGUUGCGACGGAACUUAUUUAUUCAGUUGGGUUUUUUAUUUUCAUUCUGUUUUUCAUUUUACUGUGAACAUUUAAAAUCGUGUUUCAGAACAAACAGUGAUGUGUCUGUUUGGUUACCAUGACGACGGUUAUUAUUUUAUUGUCUUAGUUUAGUUUGCUGCGAUCUCUUUGAUCUUUCUUCUGUGCCUUAAUUUUCUCAAUUCCUUCUUUGUACGUCAUGUUCCUGUUUUUUCCUUAGAUAUUUUCAUAAUGUAGUUAAAAUAUUUUUCGUUUUAUUGUUGUUUUUAUUUUGGUGAGAUGUUGGUGUUAAUUUUGAAUGUGUUUGUACUGAAUUAGAUGAUGAUUCGUGGCCCCGCCCAUCUGUCACACCUGCGUUUCUGUGUUUGUGUGUGCGUGUGUGUGUGUGUCAGACUAACCCGUGAUUGGUUAAUCCUCAAAUGUCAUACUCGAUAUAAAUAUAUUUAAUUUAAAUUACGAUCUUUUUAAAUCAUGUUAUCUCAUUGUUUCACAAACAAACGUUUUCUUAAAACAGGAAACAAGCCAGAUAAAACAGGAAGCUGCCAAUUUCCAGUUUGCCUUCUGACCUCUGACCUUCCCUUUGAUUGGUUAAAAGUCAUGGAAGUCUUUUUCAUAUCAGUGUUUCACAUGUAACAAAAAAGGCUAAAAAUUCAAUUUAAAUGUUUUUAUUUUUCAUAUUUUUAUUUCAUUUAAUGGUUUUAAGACAAAAAAAUCUGUGUUUCUUUGUUUGAAACUAUUCGUUUUAGUUUUGUAACAUUUUAAAAUGACGAAGUCUUGAAUCAGGUGGGGGGCGGGGUCAAACCAAGCCAAAGUUUGUGUGCCUUUUAAUUGGACCAACACGUUUUCUCAUUACGACUCAUUGUCACUUCCUGUUUAAAUGGCGUCCCAAUGUUUUUUUUAAGUCUUUACUCAUCACUUUAUUUUUUGAAUAUAUUUUAUAUGUUACAAGUUACAAAGCUUGAAUCCCAUGAAAGUUUUUAUUUUAUUUUAAAUAUGUUCAUAACUGUGACAUAAUUUCCUCAUUGAAUUAAACACUAAUGUAAAUGUCCCGCCCACCCAUGCGUCAAUCAGGCCAAACCCAAGGAAGCAGUUCAAACGAGUCACAUGUUACAACACGUCGUUUCGUGGCACACGCAACAUACCUGUCACAAGGAGGAGCUUCAAUUACAUGAUGUAGUUUGUAUGUUACUCUAUUACUCACUUAAAUACUUGUAACUAUGUAGAUACACGGGAACAUGAAAUACUCUAACAUUACAGUUAAUUUUUAAACACACAUUUGUCCAAUGUCUGUUUCUUACACGUGUACUUGUAUGUAAUUUAAACCUUAAUACAUUAGACAUGAAUACUUGUAUUUGAUUUACUUCAUCAAUUUCACACUACCCAUCUAGUUAGAUUGAAACCAUGUUACUUUUGUUAAGAAACUGACAAGAACAAGAAGAACAUGUAUGUUUAUGUUGCGCAUGUUUACUGCAUGUUACAUGCUUGCAACACGUUACAUGAGAAGCAGGUACUGUCACUUGUAACAUGAAAACAUAAAAACACCUUUCAGAAUAAGAUUGUUUGGUUUCUGUUAUUUUCAACUUCAGGCCUAUUCAUGAUUUUACUUUGAAGGUCACUUUUAUUUCUGCUUUCUUUACAAACUUUUAUACUGAAUGUAUCAUUUGUUUUCUAAUGUUGAAGAAUGUAAAGUACUUGUGGUGCAUUGUGGGAGGAGGUACGGUUAUUAUUAUACGAAAUAUUUUUAAUAUUGAACCAGUGCAUGAGGGUUGGGGUGUUAUCUGUGCUCGACUCGAAAAAAAAUUAUGUUGAAUUUUUAUUUAUUCUGAAAGUGACAGGAAGUUGUAGCAUGAAUCACUGAAUAAAUACAUCUGAAAACCA